CUUGUGCCGCUUGUUUAAAUCGACCUGUUUUGUUUUCUGGUCGCUAUCCGUUUUCAUAUUUCUUUACUAUGGAUCUGAGCCUUGAGGACAUUAUUCAGCAGAAUAGGCGUCGUGGCAGGGGACGGGGACGGGGUUUCAACGCAUUACGUGGUGUGCGCCGUGGUGGGAUUAACCGAAGAAGUUCUGGUGGUGAAGUCCGUGCACUGCCUGAUAAGUGGCAACACGACAUGUUCCAAGGUGGCCGUAAUACCAGAUCAUCUGCCCCAUCUUGCAAAUUACACAUCUCUAAUUUGGAUUUUGGAGUGAGCAAUGACGACAUCAACGAAUUGUUUCGCGAAUUCGGUACACUUCGCCGGGCCACCGUCCAUUACGAUAGAAGUGGGCGUUCUCUUGGCACUGCGGAAGUUACGUAUGCAAAUCCACUGAGUGCGGUUAAAGCCCGUAAUCACUACAACGGUGUUCCUCUCGAUGGUCGCCCAAUGGUCAUUCAGCUGGUUGGCGCAGGUUAGUCGGGUCCCGCUGCUAUUCAACGUGCAGUUCGGCGGGGCGAUCCUCGUUUGCUGCCACUGCAUGCGGAGGGACAUCAAACAAAUGGGUCGUCCGGCCACCAAGUGAUGCAUUGUUUCUGAUUCUUGCUAUGCACCAGUUUCGGUAAUGUACCUCUCAGUGAGAAAAGCAACUUCCCCACCAGUUAAGCUCAUUUACCGUCACUCGACCAGAAGUUUCGUCCAACGCUUUCUGGUUUGGGACAGAAAAUUCGGCUUCAACCGUUUCGGGGAUGCGGCUACUCGAUUUUCCAGUGUUGUACAGGGAGUUGUCAAAGAAAUGUCUCAGACGAAAGCCCA